AUGAAAAACACAGUCUAUGUAAUCACGGGCACCAAUAAAGGCAUAGGCCUUGGUCUAGUCAAGGCCUUGUUUGUCAGACCAUCUACGACCAUUGUUGCGUCGGUCCGCAAUGACGAAGGUGUUGCGUCGCUGAAGUCUGCUAUCGCGGGUGUAGCCAAGGGUAACGACAGUGAGAUUUAUAUUAUGCUCUUAGACUUCACCAAGGCCCCAUCACCAGCUGAAGUCCUCAGGGCUUUUAACGCCGCGACUUUGGGUACAAUCGACCGUGUUGACGUCCUUGUCAGCAACGCCGCUGCGCCUUUCCCAAUGACCCCUACCCUAGCAAUCGCUGGUGAAGACCUCCGGAAAGCAUUCGAGAUCAACACGAUCGCCCCUUUGAUGGUGUUCCAAGGCCUUUGGCCUCUGAUGGAUAAGCCUCGGGGUGUAGACGAUGUCUCUGCGAAGUUUAUCGGCAUUACCUCCUCUGUCGGAUCCAUCGGAUCUCAAGAACCCCUUCCGGGCGGCGCGUACGGGCCGAGCAAGGCCGCGCUGAACUGGCUUACCAAGUCACUUCAUGCUCAGCAUGAGAACUUGGUCAGUGUAGCUGUUCAUCCCGGAUGGGUCCAAACAUACAUGGGCAACUACGCGGCCAAAGAGUGGAAUCAUGAGCCUGGUCCUCCGGAUACUAUCGCCAGCUCUGCCAAUGGAAUCCUCGAUGUCAUCGAUGGUGCUAGUAGAGACACUACCUCUGGGAAGUUUAUCACGCACACAGGAGAGGUUGUGCCUUGGUAG